AUGCCUACGGCGGGUCACAGGGUGAAGCCUUGGGCGUACGGCAUGGAAGACAUGACGCAGAUGGAGUAAGAACGCUACUUCCUGUUUCCUGUGUGUCAGUAACUACUUCCUGUGUGUCAGUGACUACUUUAUGUGCGCCAGUCACUGUUUCCUGUGUGUCUAUGACUACUUCCUGUGUGUCUGUAACUACUUCCUGUGUGUCAGUGACCACUUCCUGUGUGUCAGUGACUACUUUAUGUGUGCCAGUCACUGUUUCCUGUGUGUCUAUGACUACUUCCUGUGUGUCAGUAACUACUUCCUGUGUGUCAGUGACCACUUCCUGUGUGUCAGUAACUACUUUAUGUGUGUCAGUGACUACUUUAUGUGUGUCAGUGACUACUUCCUGUGUGUCAGUGACCACUUCCUGUGUGUCAGUGACUACUUCAUGUGUGCCAGUCACUGUUUCCGGUGUGUCAGUAAACUUCUUCCGGCGUGUCAGUGUCUACUUCCGGUGUGCCAGUGACUGUUUCCUGUGUGUCUGUAACUACUUCCUGUGUGUCUGUGACUACUUCCUGUGUGUUUGCAGUGAGCUGAAUGAGACCACAGUGCUGAUGAACCUGAAGAAGCGGUACGACCAGGAUCUCGUAUAUGUAAGAACUCAACUCAUACGUUGUUGCUCAAUCAUAUGCUCACAUACUGUCAUGCUAAACAUCUAUGGGCUCAUAUGCUCACAUACUGUCAUGCUAAACAUCUAUGAGCUCAUAUGCUCACAUACUGUCAUGCUAAACAUCUAUGGGCUCAUAUGCUCACAUACUGUCAUGCUAAACAUCUAUGAGCUCAUAUGCUCACAUACUGUCAUGCUAAACAUCUAUGAGCUCAUAUGCUCACAUACUGUCAUGCUAAACAUCUAUGAGCUCAUAUGCUCACAUACUGUCAUGCUAAACAUCUAUGAGCUUAUAGUUGAACAUCAUUCGUCGAACACAACUGAAUAUCAUUGGUCGAAGUUGAUCCAUUCAGUAUAGUCACUGUCUGUUACCCACUACUCGGUUGUGAGACAGUUGUGGGGGACUCAGAGAGAGAGGAGAGAGAAAGAGAGAAGAGAGAGAAGAAAAGAGAGAGAAAGGAGAGAGAGAGAGAGAGAGAGAGAGAGAGAGAGAGAGAGAGGAGGCGAGAGAGAGAGAGAAAGAGAGAGAGGAGAGAGAGAGGAGAGAGAGGAGAGAGAGAGAGAGAGAGGGAGAGGGAGAAGAGGAGAGAGAGAGAGAGAAGAGAGAGAGGAGAGAGAGAGAGAGAGAGAGAGAGAGCUGAGAGAGAGAGAGGGAGAGAGAGAGAGAGAGCGAGAGAGAGAGAGAGAGAUAGAGAGAGAGAGAAGAGAGAGAGAGAUAGAGAUAGCGAGAGCUAAGCAGAGAGAGAGAGAGAGUCUAGAAGAUAUGCUCGAUAUAUCUUCUAUCGAUCUCCGCUCUAUUCUAUCAAUCUCUAUAUCGAUAUCUCUCUCUCUCUCUCUCUCUCUCUCUCUCUCCCUCUCUCGUUCUCUCUCUCUCUCUCUCUCAGACGUAUAUAGGUAGUAUCCUGGUCUCAGUGAACCCCUAUAAGCUGUUCAACAUCUAUGGGACUGACAUGGUGCUGCAGUAUGAAGGACACGGAAUAGCUGACAACCCUCCGUAAGACACACUGUCUCGGUGUGUGUGUGUGGUGUGUGUGUGAGGUGUGUGUGUGUGUGUGUGUGAGGUGUGUGUGUGUGUGUGUGUGUGUGUGAGAGAGGUGUGUGUGGUGUGUGUGUGUGUGUGUGUGUGUGAGAGGUGUGUGUGUGAGGUGUGUGUGUGAGGUGUGUGUGUGUGUGUGUGUGUGUGAGAGAGGUGUGUGUGUGUGUGUGUGAGAGAGGUGUGUGUGUGUGUGUGUGUGUGUGUGUGUGUGUGUGAGAGAGAGGUGUGUGUGUGUGUGUGUGAGAGAGGUGUGUGUGUGUGUGGUGUGUGUGUGUGUGUGUGUGUGUGUGUGUGUGUGUGAGAGAGGUGUGUGUGUGUGUGUGUGAGAGAGGUGUGUGUGUGUGUGUGUGUGUGUGUGUGUGUGUGUGUGUGUGUGUGUGUGAGAGAGAGGUGUAAACACCUUUAUUCUCAUGUGUUGUGUGAGGUUUGUGUUGCCAUGCGGCUGGAUGGUUGCCAGGGAGAGUUUACUUAUUGAUUGCCCUAACAUAUUACAUCUUGUUUCCAGAGAGCACACACACACACUUCACAACCACACACCACACACACACACACACACACACACACACACACACACACACACACACACACACACACACACACACACACACACACACACACACACACACACACACACACACACACACACACACACCAUGACAUCAGUAACAGGAGAGGGGAGGGCCUCUGUGAGUGGAUAGGAUGACUCUCUGCUCUACUGAGUCACCAACCCCCUGACUCUCCUCUCCUGCUGACUCCUUACCUCAACAACCAGACAUCCUGACUCUCCUACUGACUCCUUACCUCAACAACCAGACAUCCUGACUCUCCUCUCCUACCGACUCCUUACCUCAACAACCAGACAUCCUGACUCUUCUCUCCUACUGACUCCUUACCUCAACAACCAGACAUCCUGACUCCUCACUACUGACUCCUUACCUCAACAACCAGAAUCUGACUCUCUCCUACUGACUCCUUACCUCAACAACCAGACAUCCUGACUCUCUCCUACUGACUCCUUACCUUAACAACCAGACAUCCUGACUCUCCUCUCCUACUGACUCCUUACCUCAACAACCAGACAUCCUGACUCUCCUGCUGACUCCUUACCUCAACAACCAGACAUCCUGACUCUCCUCUCCUACUGACUCCUUACCUCAACAACCAGACAUCCUGAUCUCCUGUGACUCCUUACCUCAACAACCAGACAUCCUGACUCUCCUCUCUACUGACUCCUUACCUUAACAACCAGACAUCCUGACUCUCCUCUCCUACUGACUCCUUACCAUCAACAACCAGACAUUCCUGACUCUCCUGCUGACUCCUUACCUCAACAACCAGGAAUCCUGACUCUCCUCUCCUAAUGACUCCUUACCUCAACAACCAGACAUCCUGACUUUCUCUCCUACUGACUCACUUACCUCAACAACCAGACAUCCUGACUCUCUCCUACUGACUCCUUUACCUCAACAACCAGACAUCCUGACUCUCCUCUCCUACUGACUCCUUACCUUAACAACCAGACAUCCUGACUCUCCUCUCCUACUGACUCCUUACCUCAACAACCAGACAUCCUGACUCUCCUGCUGACUCCUUACCUCAACAACCAGACAUCCUGACUCUCCUCUCCUACUGACUCCUUACCUCAACAACCAGACAUCCUGACUCUCCUCUCCUACUGACUCCUUACCUCAACAACCAGACAUCCUGACUCUCCUCUCCUACUGACUCCUUACCUCAACAACCAGACAUCCUGACUCUCCUCUCCUACUGACUCCUUACCUCAACAACCAGACAUCCUGACUCUCCUCUCCUACUGACUCCUUACCUCAACAACCAGACAUCCUGACUCUCCUCUCCUACUGACUCCUUACCUCAACAACCAGACAUCCUGACUCUCCUCUCCUACUGACUCCUUACCUCAACAACCAGACAUCCUGACUCUCCUCUCCUACUGACUCCUUACCUCAACAACCAGACAUCCUGACUCUCCUCUCCUACUGAUUUCUUACCUCAACAACCAGACAUCCUGACUCUCCUCUCCUACUGACUCCUUACCUCAACAACCAGACAUCCUGACUCUCCUCUCCUACUGACUCCUUACCUCACCAACCAGACAUCCUGACUCUCCUACUGACUCCUUACCUCACCAACCAGACAUCCUGACUCUCCUCUCCUACUGACUCCUUACCUCAACAACCAGACAUCCUGACUCUCCUCUCCUACUGACUCCUUACCUCACCAACCAGACAUCCUGACUCUCCUCUCCUACUGACUCCUUACCUCAACAACCAGGACAUCCUGACUCUCCUCUCCUACUGACUCCUUACCUCAACAACCAGACAUCCUGACUCUCCUCUCCUACUGACUCCUUACCUCAACAACCAGACAUCCUGACUCUCCUCUCCUACUGACUCCUUACCUCAACAACCAGACAUCCUGACUCUCCUCUCCUACUGACUCCUUACCUCAACAACCAGACAUCCUGACUCUCCUACUGACUCCUUACCUCAACAACCAGACAUCCUGACUCUCCUCUCCUACUGACUCCUUACCUCAACAACCAGACAUCCUGACUCUCCUCUCCUACUGACUCCUUACCUCAACAACCAGACAUCCUGACUCUCCUACUGACUCCUUACCUCAACUCCAGACAUCCUGACUCUCCUACUGACUCCUUACCUCAACAACCAGACAUCCUGACUCUCCUCUCCUACUGACUCCUUACCUCAACAACCAGACAUCCUGACUCUCCUACUGACUCCUUACCUCAACAACUAGACAUCUUGACUCUCCUACUGACUCCUUACCUCAACAACCAGACAUCCUGACUCUCCUACUGACUCCUUACCUCAACAACCAGACAACCUGACUCUCCUACUGACUCCUUACCUCAACUCCAGACAUCCUGACUCUCCUACUGACUCCUUACCUCAACAACCAGACAUCCUAACCUCCUAUCCUACUGACUCCUUACCUCAACAACCAGACGACAUCAUUACUCUCCUGCUGACUCCUUACCUCAACAACCAGACAUCCUGACUCUCCUCUCCUACUGACUCCUUACCUCAACAACCAGACAUCCUGACUCUCCUACUGACUCCUUACCUCAACAACCAGACAUCCUGACUCUCCUACUGACUCCUUACCUCAACAACCAGACAUCCUGACUCUCCUCUCCUACUGACUCCUUACCUAAACAACCAGACAUCCUGACUCUCCUCUCCUACUGACUCCUUACCUCAACAACCAGACAUCCUGACUCUCCUCUCCUACUGAAUCCUUACCUCAUUAACCAGACAUCCUGACUCUCCUCUCCUACUGACUCCUUACCUCAACAACCAGACAUCCUGACUCUCCUACUGACUCCUUACCUCAACAACCAGACAUCCUGACUCUCCUACUGACUCCUUACCUCAACAACCAGACAUCAUUACUCUCCUGCUGACUCCUUACCUCAACAACCAGACAUCCUGACUCUCCUCUCCUACUGACUCCAUACCUCAACAACCAGACAUCCUGACUCUCCUCUCCUACUGACUCCUUACCUCAACAACCAGACAUCCUGACUCUCCUCUCCUACUGACUCCUUUCCUCAACAACCAGACAUCCUGACUCUCCGACUGACUCCUUACCUCAACAACCAGACAUCCUGACUCUCCUACUGACUCCUUACCUCAACAACCAGACAUCCUGACUCUCCUCUCCUACUGACUCCUUACCUCAACAACCAGACAUCCUGACUCUCCGACUGACUCCUUACCUCAACAACCAGACAUCCUGACUCUCCUACUGACUCCUUACCUCAACAACCAGACAUCCUGACUCUCCUCUCCUACUGACUCCUUUCCUCAACAACCAGACAUCCUGACUCUCCGACUGACUCCUUACCUCAACAACCAGACAUCCUGACUCUCCUACUGACUCCUUACCUCAACAACCAGACAUCCUGACUCUCCUCUCCUACUGACUCCUUACCUCAUUAACCAGACAUCCUGACUCUCCUACUGACUCCUUACCUCAACAACCAGACAUCCUGACUCUCCUCUCCUACUGACUCCUUACCUCAACAACCAGACAUCCUGACUCUCCUCUCCUACUGACUCCUUACCUCAACAACCAGACAUCCUGACUCUCCUCUCCUACUGACUCCUUACCUCAACAACCAGACAUCCUGACUCUCCUACUGACUCCUUACCUCAACAACCAGACAUCCUGACUCUCCUACUGACUCCUUACCUCAACAACCAGACAUCCUUACUCUCCUACUGACUCCUUACCUCAACAACCAGACAUCCUGACUCUCCUCUCCUACUGACUCCUUACCUCAUUAACCAGACAUCCUGACUCUCCUCUCCUACUGACUCCUUACCUCAACAACCAGACAUCCUGACUCUCCUACUGACUCCUUACCUCAACAACCAGACAUCCUGACUCUCCUACUGACUCCUUACCUCAACAACCAGACAUCCUGCUGACUCAUGGUUCAAUACCUGGUCAGUCACAUUAUGGAUGGUUCUAUACCUGGUCAGUCUCAUUAUGGAUGGUUCUAGACCUGGUCUGUCACAUUAUGGAUGGUUCUAAACCUGGUCAGUCUCAUUAUGGAUGGUUCUAGACCUGGUCAGUCUCAUUAUGGAUGGUUCUAGACCUGGUCAGUCUCAUUAUGGAUGGUUCUAAACCUGGUCAGUCACAUUAUGGAUGGUUCUAUACCUGGUCAGUCUCAUUAUGGAUGGUUCUAGACCUGGUCAGUCUCAUUAUGGAUGGUUCUAGACCUGGUCAGUCACAUUAUGGAUGGUUCUAGACCUGGUCAGUCACAUUAUGGAUGGUUCUAGACCUGGCCAGUCACAUUAUGGAUGGUUCUAGACCUGGUCAGUCACAGUAUGGAUGGUUCUAGACCUGGUCUGUCACAUUAUGGAUGGUUCUAGACCUGGUCAGUCACAUUAUGGAUGGUUCUAGACCUGGUCAGUCUCAUUAUGGAUGGUUCUAGACCUGGUCAGUCACAUUAUGGAUGGUUCUAGACCUGGUCAGUCACAUUAUGGAUGGUUCAAGACCUGGUCAGUCACAUUAUGGAUGGUUCUAGACCUGGUCAGUCACAUUAUGGAUGGUUCUAGACUUGGUCAGUCACAUUAUGGAUGGUUCUAGACCUGGUCAGUCUCAUUAUGGAUGGUUCUAGACCUGGUCAGUCACAUUAUGGAUGGUUCUAGACCUGGUCAGUCACAUUAUGGAUGGUUCAAGACCUGGUCAGUCACAUUAUGGAUGGUUCUAGACCUGGUCAGUCACAUUAUGGAUGGUUCUAGACUUGGUCAGUCACAUUAUGGAUGGUUCUAGACCUGGUCAGUCACAUUAUGGAUGGUUCUAGACCUGGUCAGUCUCAUUAUGGAUGGUUCUAAACCUGGUCAGUCUCAUUAUGGAUGGUUCUAAACCUGGUCAGUCUCAUUAUAGAUGGUUCUAGACCUGGUCAGUCUCAUUAUGGAUGGUUCUAGACCUGCUCAGUCACAUUAUGGAUGGUUCUAGACCUGGUCAGUCACAUUAUGGAUGGUUCUAGACCUGGUCAGUCUCAUUAUGGAUGGUUCUAAACCUGGUCAGUCUCAUUAUGGAUGGUUCUAAACCUGGUCAGUCUCAUUAUGGACGGUUCUAAACCUGGUCAGUCUCAUUAUAGAUGGUUCUAGACCUGGUCAGUCUCAUUAUGGAUGGUUCUAGACCUGCUCAGUCACAUUAUGGAUGGUUCUAGACCUGGUCAGUCUCAUUAUGGAUUGUUCUAGACCUGGUCAGUCACAUUAUGGAUGGUUCUAAACCUGGUCAGUCACAUACAGUUGAUGUCGGAAGUUUACAUACACUAAGUUGACUGUGCCUUUAAACUGCUUGGAAAUUCCAGAAAAUGAUGUCAUGGCUAUAGAAGCUUCUGAUAGGAUAAUUGACAUCAUUUGAGUCAAUUGGAGGUGUACCUGUGGAUGUAUUUCAAGGCCUACCUUCAAACUCAGUGCCUCUUUGCUUGACAUCAUGGGAAAAUCAAAAGAAAUCAGACAAGACCUCAGAAAAAAAAUUGUAGACCUCCACAUGUCUGGUUCAUCCUUGGGAGUAAUUUCCAAACGCCUGAAGGUACCACGUUCAUCUGUACAAACAAUAGUACGCAAGUAUAAACACCAUGGGACCAUGCAGCCGUCAUACCGCUCAGGAAGGAGACGCGUUCUGUCUCCUAGAGAUGAACGUACUUUGGUGCGAAAAGUGCAAAUCAAUCCCAGAACAACAGCAAAGGACGUUGUGAAGAUGCUGGAGGAAACAGGUACAACAGUAUCUAUAUCUACAGUAAGUAGAUCCUAUAACGACAUAACCUGAAAGGCCGCUCAGCAAGGAAGAAGCCACUGCUCCAAAACCACCAUAAAAAAGCCAGACUUCGGUUUGCAACUGCACAUGGGGAUAAAGAUCGUACUUUUUGGAGAAAUGUCCUCUGAACUGUUCGGCCAUAAUUAUCAUUGUUAUGUUUGGAGGAAAACGGUGGUUGCUUGCAAGCCGAAGAUCACCAUCCCAACCGUGAAGCACGGUGGUGGCAGCAUCAUGCUGUGGGGGAGCUUUGCUGCAGGAGGGACUGGUGCACUUCACAAAAUAGAUGGCAUCAUGAGGAAGGAAAAUGAUGUGGAUAUAUUGAAGCAACAUCUCAAGACAUCAGUCAGGAAGUUAAAGCUUGGUCGCAAAUGGGUCUUCCAAAUGGACAAUGACCCCAAGCAUACUUCCAAAGUUGUGGUAAAAUGGCUUAAGGUCAACAAAGUAAAGGUAUUGGAGUUGCCAUCACAACGCCCUGACCUCAAUCCUAUAGAAAAUGUGUCGGCAGAACUGAAAAAGCGUGUGCGAGCAAGGUGGCCUACAAACCUGACUCAGUUACACCAGCUCUGUCAGGAGGAAUGGGCCAAAAUUCACCCAAUUUAUUGUGGGAAGCUUGUGGAAGGCCACCCGAAACGUUUGACCCAAGUUAAACAAUUUAAAGGCAAUGCUACCAAAUACUAAUUGAGUGUAUGUAAACUUCUGACCCACUGGGAAUGUGAUGAAAGAAAUAAAAGCUGAAAUAAAUAAUUCUCUCUACUAUUAUUCUGACAUUUCACAUUCUUAAAAUAAAGUGGUGAUCCUAACUGACCUAAGACAGGGAAUUUUUACGAGGAUUAAAAUGUCAGGAAUUGUGAAAAACUGAGUUUAAAUGUAUUUGGCUAAGGUGUAUGUAAACUUCCGACUUCAAAUGUAUACCAGGCAGGGCAGUAACUACACCAGUGAGAGGAACCAAUUAAGUUCUUGCCUAGCAACAGAGAUGUACCCAUGUUUAACCCUGGCUCCGUGUCCGUCAUGUUGUGAUUAACUCUGUUUAUCUGUAGUCUGAGUCUGAAGAGAUGUAACUACUGUAUUUCCUACACCAUAUAUAAACUACAACACUCCCUUCUCCUCUCUCUAUAUUGUAUGGGUUAGACAGUAUAGUUUAACUCUCUCCUCUGUCUUCUCUUCUCUCCUAGUCAUCUGUUUGCCAUCGCCAAUGUUUCCUACACCACCAUGAUGGAUGCUAAACACAACCAGUGUAUCAUUAUCAGGUAA